AUGUCGGGUCUCAUCAACAAGGUCAAGGACGCCGUCCACCACCACGGCGACAACUCCUCCCAUACCGGCAACACCACCACCCACGACUCCUCCCGCUCCUCCAACUACGGUCCCCACGACAGUAACACUGCCAACGCCGCCGACCCCCGCGUCGACAGCGACCGCUCCACCUACAACACUGCUGGCUCGACUUAUCCCACCACCAGCGCUACCGGUACCACGGGCUCAACCUACGACCGAACCUCCACCUCAACCAACCAUGGUCCCCACGAUAGCAACAUCGCCAACAAGGCCGAUCCUCGCUUCGACAGCGACCGUGACAACCGCGCCUCGCACACCACCGGUCACGGCGCCCCCAUCGGCACCACCAAUACCGGCCACCACGGCUCGGUGGCCUCUCACCAGCCCAGCACUGCCACUACUGGCACUGGCACCACUGCUGGAACUGGCUAUGGCACCACAGAUGCCACCAACACAACCGCAACAGGCCCGGCCUCCUCAACCGCAGGCCCACACAAGAGCAACAUCGCCAACGAAGCGGACCCGCGCGUCGACAGCGACAUGAGCAAGGCAAAGAACGACCACGUCGGCGGGGAGUUCUCGGGCGAGAACCGCUUCGACAAGGACGUGCACAAGGGCAGCAUUAUGGGCGGUAACCAGAUUGCUGGUCUUUAUGGCUCCAAGGCUCCGACGACCACCAAGAAUUUUGACCAGUCGCAGCAUGAGACUCUUGGUGCUGGUGCUGGUAGCAGCUACAACACCGGCACGAGAAAGAGCACUUCUGGUCCACAUAAGAGUGAUAUGGCCAACAAGCUCGAUCCGCGUGUUGAUUCUGACCUUGAUGGGUCGAAGACUGUUGGAUCGAACGCUGCUCAACCGCACACUCAGACUCAGCGGUUCUAA